AUGAGGUUCUCCCUUACCUCCACCCUUGUGGUGACGCUUGCUGCUUCGGCGACGGCUAACAGCUGGUUUGGAGGCGCUGUCUACGACAAAUGGCAUGAGACUGAGCUGGAGCGCUGGCUCAGCGACCAUGGCAUCCCUCACCCCAGCCCCUCUGACCGCAAGAACCUCCAAUCGACCGUCAAGGCCAACUGGAACGACAAGGUCGUCUCUCCCUACACCAGCUGGGAUGUUCCCACGCUCACCAACUACCUGAGCCUCAAGGGCCAACAGGCGAAGAAGGGCACCGAGAAGGAUGCUAAGAGCCUCGCCGAACAGGUCAAGGUGUACUGGACCGAGACUGAGGACUCUGCGAACCAGGCCUAUGGUAGUGUUAAGGACUGGAUCUUCGACAGCUGGUCCGACUCUCAGCUCAAGGCCUUUGCCGACAAGCACGGCAUUCCCGUUCCCCAGCCCCGCCAGCGUGACUCCCUUCUUGCCGCUGUCCGUGACAACUACCAGUCCGCUGCUGAGAAGGCCAAGGAAACCGCCAACUACCCCGGCGACUGGCUUUACGAUUCUUGGUCUGACUCUGACCUCAAGACAUGGUUCGACGAGCGUGGCUACAAUGUCCCCCAGCCCAACACCCGCGACUCGAUGAUUGCUGCUCUUCGCCGUCAGUCUCGUCUUGCUGGCCAGCAGGCACAGGGUGCUUACGCUUCCGUCUCUUCUGCUGCCGCCAACGCUCAGCAGAGCCUCAGCGAUGCUCUCCUCGACUCUUGGUCUGAUAGCCAGAUCAAGGAGUGGGCUGACAAGAACGGCAUCAAGGUUCCCCAGGGUUCCAAGCGUAACGAGCUUCUUGCCCUUGCCCGCAAGCACCGUGCUCGUCUCUAUGGUGACAGCGCCUCUGCCUCUGCUGGAUCUCUCUCCGCCUCUGGUGCUUCCGCUUAUGGCGCUGCCACCUCCAACGUUGGAAGCCAGUACGCUGCCGCUACCGGUGGCUUUGCCUACUACACCGACUUGGUCAAGCAGCAGAUUGGUCUUGCUCAAGCCAGCGCCACCUCCGCUACUUCUGCUGCUGGAGCCAGCGCGAGCUCUCUCAGCGGUGCUGCCGCCAAGUCUGCCUCCGCAUCCUCGUCUUCCAUCUCCAAGGCUGCCGCUAGCGCCAACUCUGCUGCCUCCAAGUCUGCUUCCAGUGCUUCUUCAGUUGCUUCCAAGUCUGCGAAGAGCGGAUACGAUGCGGCUGCCUCCAGUGCCAGCUCUGCCAAGCAGGAGUUGUAA